ACGCCGAGCGUAUGCGCAUGCUAUAUAUAGAUAGUUGCCGACAUUAGGCGUCCGUGUACGCAGCUCUCUCUCGUCUCGCGUUUGCUCGCGUGGAAUUUUUUCUCGUUCGUACGGCGUUACAUUUACUCUGGCGUCUUUCGAGGAAGAGAUGGGUGAGCCGUUGGGUUUGAGUAACAGCGAAGUUCGUAAGCUUUGCAAAACACCAGAUCCCUCUACAAAUGGGUUUAUAAUGCAACAAACAAUGUAUCGUAUAAAAGAUCCAAGAAGAUCCUUACCCUUCUAUACUGAAGUCCUCGGAAUGACCUUAUUGCAAAAGCUGGAUUUUCCAGAAAUGCAAUUCUCUCUGUAUUUUCUCGGAUAUGAGGACCAGAAGGAAGUACCACUUGAUCGUAGAGAAAGUAUCGAAUGGACAUUCCGUAGAAAAGCAACUAUAGAGUUAACUCACAAUUGGGGAACAGAAACAGAUCCAGAUGUAAAAUAUUAUAAUGGAAAUGCAGAUCCCAAGGGAUUUGGUCACAUUGGAAUAGCAGUACCUGACGUUGACAAGGCGUGUCAAAGGUUUGAGAUGUAUGGUGUGGAAUUUGUGAAGAAACCAAAUGAUGGCAAGAUGAAGGGAAUAGCCUUUAUUAAAGACCCCGAUGGUUACUGGAUUGAAAUCCUGCAUGGCGCUAACAUUGCCAAUUACAUGUUAGGUGCUUAAUAUAUAUCUUGCGCCGGAGCAAUAAGUCCCUAAAUUCAAUGUAAUUCAAUGUAUUGGAUGUAAUGUUCUACUAUGUAACAAUCAGAGAUCAUUAUCAAACUUCGGUAUAUAUAUUAUAUAAACUCAGUAUAGAUGUGAGAAACCAGAACCACUAUAUAAGUUAACGCGAGUGAAAUGAUACGUAUUUAUGCGCACUAUAUAUCUUCUAGCACACGAUUGUACAUUUUUUUUAAUAUUAUUACAUUAUGUUGUAUGUAUAGAGUAAUGUACUGUUUACAGAAUUCUCGAACUAAUAAAAUCAAAAUAUUUAUUUUCCGUUUCCAAA